AGCCUCCCCAGCUGCUGGGAUUACAGGCGUGCACCACUGAGCCUGGACCCCAGUCAUCUUUCAAUAUGCUCGCUGCUCAUAUAUAGGGGGAGUGGCCACAGCAGGUCCUAUCUGGUGGUGAGUGGCUGUCAUGAUCUCUACAGCACCGCUCUACAGCGGCGUGCACAACUGGACUAGUUCUGACCGGAUUCGCAUGUGUGGCAUCAACGAGGAGAGAAGAGCACCUCUUUCUGAUGAGGAGUCCACGACAGGUGACUGCCAGCACUUUGGGUCUCAGGAGUUUUGUGUCAGCAGCAGUUUUUCCAAGGUGGAGCUCACAGCAGUUGGAAGUGGCAGCAAUGCCCGGGGGGCAGACCCAGAUGGCAAUGCGACAGAAAAACUUGGACACAAGUCAGAAGACCAGCCUGAUGAUCCCCAGCCAAAAAUGGACUAUGCUGGGAAUGCGGCAGAGGCUGAGGGCCUCCUGGUGCCACUAAGCAGCCCCGGAGACGGGCUUAAGCUGCCCACUCCUGACGGCACAGAGGCUGGCAAUAGCAGGGCCGACUGCUCCUGGACUCCCCUCAGCACCCAAAUGAGCAAACAGGUUGACUGUUCACCAGCCGGGGUAAAGGCCUUGGACUCUCGGCAUGGUGUUGGAGACAAGAACACUUUCAUUUUGGCAACUCUGGGAACUGGAGUCCCUGUGGAGGGGACCCUGCCUCUGGUUACCACUAACUUCAGUCCACUGCCGGCACCUAUCUGUCCUGCACCUGGUUCGGCCUCUGUCCCCCCAUCUGUUCCAGAUCCAUUCCAGAUUCCCCUCUCUGUCCCAGCCCCGGUACCCCAUUCUGGACUAGUACCAGUUCAAGUUGCCACUUCAGUUUCCGCUCCUUCCCCUCCCCUAGCACCAGUUCCGGCUCUGGCUCCAGCGCCACCCUCAGUGCCCACUCUCAUUUCUGAUUCAAACCCUCUUUCUGUCUCAGCCUCAGUCUUGGUGCCUGUACCAGCAUCUGCUCCUCCCUCAGGCCCGGUUCCCCUGUCUGCUCCUGCUCCUCCUCCUCUCUCGGUCCCAGUUUCAGCAGCACCCUUGGCUCUGAUCCAGGCUCCUGUGCCUCCUUCAGCUCCCACCUUGGUCCUUGCUCCUGUCCCCACUCCAGUUCUGGCUCCCAUGCCAGCAUCCACACCUCCAGCAGCUCCUGCCCCUCCUUCUGUGCCGAUGCCCACCCCAACCCCAUCCUCUGGCCCUCCUUCUACCCCUACUCUCAUUCCUGCCUUUGCUCCUACACCGGUGCCUGCACCCACCCCAGCCCCAAUCUUUACUCCAGCCCCCACGCCCAUGCCGGCUGCCACACCAACUGCCAUUCCCACCUCAGCACCCAUCCCGGCCUCCUUCAGUUUGAGUCGAGUGUGUUUUCCUGCAGCUCAGGCACCAGCUAUGCAAAAAGUCCCCCUGUCCUUUCAGCCAGGGACAGUGCUGACCCCAAGCCAGCCGCUGGUAUACAUCCCACCUCCAAGUUGUGGGCAACCUCUCAGUGUGGCCACACUUCCAACCACCCUGGGGGUCUCAUCCACUCUUACGCUCCCUGUCCUGCCAUCCUACCUGCAGGACAGGUGUCUCCCAGGUGUGCUGGCCUCUCCAGAGCUUCGGUCCUACCCAUAUGCAUUCUCUGUGGCCCGGCCUUUGACUUCAGAUUCCAAGCUGGUCUCUCUGGAGGUGAACAGGCUCCCCUGCACUUCCCCAUCUGGCAGUACCACCACCCAGCCUGCGCCUGAUGGGGCCCCUGGGCCUUUGGCAGAUACCUCCCUUGCCACUGCUUCUGCCAAGGUGCUUCCAACUCCACAGCCUUUGCUGCCAGCCCCCAAUGGGAGCUCAGCCCCACCACACCCUGCCAAGAUGCCAGGUGGCACUGAGCAACAAACAGAAGGGACUUCUGUUACCUUCUCUCCCCUCAAGUCGCCUCCACAGCUGGAGCGAGAGAUGGCCUCUCCGCCCGAGUGCAGUGAGAUGCCCCUCGACCUCUCCUCCAAGUCCAACCGUCAGAAGCUUCCAUUGCCUAACCAGCGCAAGACACCUCCCAUGCCUGUGUUGACCCCUGUGCACACCAGCAGCAAGGCCCUCCUCUCCACAGUCCUGUCUAGGUCUCAGCGCACAACCCAGGCUGCUGGCAGCAAUGUCACCUCCUGCUUGGGCUCCACUUCCUCACCCUUUGUCAUCUUUCCUGAGAUCGUGAGGAAUGGUGACCCGAGCACCUGGGUGAAAAACUCAACUGCGCUGAUCAGCACCAUUCCUGGCACCUAUGUGGGAGUGGCCAACCCAGUGCCUGCAUCCCUGCUGCUGAACAAAGACCCUAAUUUGGGCCUCAAUCGAGACCCCCGCCAUCUCCCCAAGCAAGAGCCCAUCUCCAUUAUUGAUCAAGGAGAGCCCAAGAGCACUGGUGCCACAUGUGGCAAGAAGGGCAGCCAGUCUGGUGCUGAGGGACAGCCAAGCACAGUCAAAACACGUUAUACCCCAGCCCGCAUUGCCCCUGUGCUGCCAGGGUGCCAAACCAAGGAGCUCUCUUUGUGGAAACCUACAGGGCCGGCAAAUAUUUAUCCACGGUGUUCAGUCAAUGGGAAACCCACCAGCACUCAGGUCUUGCCUGUUGGCUGGUCACCAUACCACCAGGCAUCUCUGCUUUCCAUUGGCAUUUCCAGUGCCGGGCAGCUGACCCCCAGUCAGGGGGUGCCCAUCAGGCCCACCAGCGUUGUUUCUGAGUUUUCUGGAGUGCCAUCUCUUGGCUCCAGUGAAACUGUGCAUGGACUUCCCGAGGGGCAGCCACGGCCUGGGGGUCCCUUUACUUCAGAGCAGGACACUGUAACAAAAAACAAAACUUGCCGGAUUGCUGCCAAGCCUUAUGAAGAACAAGUCAACCCUGUCCUACUAACUCUCAGCCCUCAGACAGGGACCCUGGCACUGUCUGUUCAGUCUAGUAGUGGGGACAUUAGAGUAAAUCAGGGGCCUGAGGAAUCAGAGAGCCACCUCUGCUCUGAUAGCACUCCUAAGAUGGAAGGCCCCCAGACAGCUUGUGGUCUGAAGCUGGCAGGAGACACGAAGCCUAAGAACCAAGUGCUGGCCACCUACAUGUCCCAUGAGCUGGUUCUGGCCACCCCCCAGAACCUGCGCACCAUGCCCGAGCUGCCUUUGCUACCUCAUGACGGCCACCCCCAGGAACUCAUCUUGGAUGUGGUACCGGGCAGCAAGAGGGGCUCCAGCACAGAGCUUUCGCAGCUCGGAAGUCAGGUGGAUCUAGGGCGGGUGAAAAUGGAGAAGGUGGAUGGUGAUGUGGUCUUCAAUUUAGCCACCUGCUUCCGGGCCGAUGGCCUUCCAGCACCUCCCCAGAGGGGCCAGGCUGAAGCACGGCCUAAGGCAGGGCAGGCUCGAGUAAAACGGGAAAGUGUUGGGGUCUUUGCUUGCAAGAACAAGUGGCAGCCAGAUGAAGUGACAGAAUCUCUGCCACCAAAGAAGAUGAAGUGUGGCAAAGAGAAGGAAGGCGAGGAGCAACAGCAGCCACAAGCCAAGCCCACAGUCCGGAGUUCCCUGGGAUCCAAGUGCCGGAAGUCUCCCAGUGACCCCCAGGAACCCACCAAGAAAAGCCCCAGGGGGGCUUCAGAUUCAGGAAAAGAGCACAAUGGAGUCAGGGGAAAGCACAAGCACCGGAAGCAAACAAAGCCAGAGUCCCAAUCUCCAGGAAAACGAGCUGAUGGCCACGAGGAAGGUUCUUUGGAAAAGAAAGCAAAGAGCAGUUUCCGUGACUUCAUCCCAGUGGUUCUGAGCACACGAACACGCAGUCAGUCUGGAAGCAUCUGUAGCUCCUUUGCUGGUAUGGCAGACAAUGACAUGGGAAGCCAGGAAGUCUUCCCCACAGAAGAAGAGGAGGAGGUGGCCCCCACCCCAGCUAAGCGUCGAAAGGUGAGAAAGACUCAGCGGGACACCCAGUAUCGCAGCCAUCAUGCCCAGGACAAGACUCUGCUGAGCCAGGGCCGCAGGCACCUGUGGAGAGCCCGAGAGAUGCCCUGGAGGACAGAGGCCGCCCGGCAAAUGUGGGACACCAAUGAGGAGGAGGAAGAAGAUGAGGAGGAGGGGCUGGUGAAGAGGAAGAAACGGAGACGGCAGAAGAGCCGAAAAUAUCAGACUGGGGAGUACCUGACCGAGCAAGAAGAAGAGCAGCAGCGGAAAGGGAGAGCAGAUUCAAAGAAUCGUAAGCAGAAGACUCCCUCCCAAAGUUCGGAGCAUCGCCUCAGGAAUAGGAACCUUCUCUUGCCCAGCAAAGCCCAGGGGAUCUCAGAUUCACCAAACGGUUUCCUCCCAAAUAACCUGGAGGAGCCAGCCUGCCUUGACAAUUCAGAAAAGCCAUCAGGAAAACGAAAGUGCAAGACCAAGCACAUGGCAAACGUCUCAGAAGAGUCAAAGGGUAAAGGUCGUUGGAGCCAACAGAAGACACGAUCUCCCAAAUCUCCCACCCCAGUGAAGCCCACUGAACCAUGUACACCCUCUAAGUCCCGAAGUGCCGGCCCAGAGGAGGCCUCAGAGUCACCUACAACUCGGCAGAUCCCCCCAGAGGCACGGCGGCUCAUUGUGAACAAAAAUGCUGGUGAGACCCUCCUGCAGCGGGCAGCACGUCUCGGCUAUAAGGAUGUUGUUCUGUACUGCCUCCAGAAGGACAGUGAGGAUGUCAAUCACCGCGAUAAUGCUGGCUAUACAGCCCUGCACGAGGCCUGUUCCCGGGGCUGGACUGACAUCCUGAACAUCCUGCUGGAGCAUGGUGCCAAUGUGAAUUGUAGUGCACAGGAUGGCACAAGGCCAGUUCAUGAUGCAGUGGUCAAUGACAACUUGGAAACCAUGUGGCUCUUGCUGUCCUAUGGGGCUGAUCCCACAUUGGCCACCUACUCGGGUCAGACAGCCAUGAAGCUGGCCAGCAGCGACACCAUGAAACGCUUUCUGAGUGAUCACCUCUCAGAUCUUCAGGGCCGGGCAGAAGGUGAUCCUGGUGUAUCCUGGGAUUUUUACAGCAGUUCUGUGUUGGAGCAAAAAGACGGAUUUGCCUGUGACCUCCUGCAUAAUCCUCCUGGGAGUGCUGACCAAGAGGGAGAUGAUUUGGAAGAGGAUGAUUUCAUGUUUGAGCUCUCAGACAAGCCUCUUCUCCCUUGCUACAACCUCCAAGUGUCCGUGUCCCGCGGGCCCUGCAACUGGUUCCUCUUUACGGAUGUCCUGAAGCGGCUGAAGCUCUCUUCCAGAAUCUUUCAGGCCCGGUUCCCGCACUUUGAAAUCACCACCCUGCCCAAGGCCGAGUUCUACCGGCAGGUGGCCUCGAGUCAGCUGCUUACCCCUGAGGAGAGGCCUGGUGGCUUGGACGACAGAUCUCCCCCAGGCUCCUCUGAGACUGUGGAGCUAGUGCCCUAUGAGCCCGAGCUGCUUCGGCUCCUAGGGUCUGAGGUGGAAUUCCAGUCUUGGAACAGUUGACGGGGAAAACAGCCCCUCCCUGUUCUUUCUCCUUCAAGUUCACCCUUCCCUCACCUCCCAUUUCUUCCCCCCACCGAGCACCAGACUGCAGAAUGAGGCAAUAAUACGGACCAACAAGAAGCCGCCUUAUCAAUGCCAGCAUUAGUGACUGGAUUUUUUUUGUUUUUUGGUUACAUUAGUUCUCAUCUCCCUGUCAUCGUCAUUGUUGUUGUGGUUGGUGAUGGGGGUGGAAAGUUGAACUCCACGUCUGAAGAUGGGAGGUCCCUGGGGGUGGUGGGAAGUGGUGCCAGGGUGCCUUGGACUGGCCUCCUUGUGCAUGACCAAGACCAAAUGUGGGCCUGGAUGGCUGCGGCCUGUCCAAAGGAGAAAUCAGAAAAGCCCAAAUCUGAGCACCCCCCUCCGUCCCCCUGUGUUCUUCUGUCUUCCAUAGUAUUUAUUUUAUUAGUAUUUAAUUUGUAUUGUUCCAUUGGUUUCUGAUAAGUCUGUAUCACUGUGACGAUUUGAGACAACUUGUUGUAUUGAGGGACUUUCUUUACCUCCUUUCUCUUUCUUUAUCUCCUUUCUCUUUCUUUCUUGAUAAGCUUUGGGGCUGCUCCCUCCCUCUAAGAGUGAUUCCCAGGUUGCUUUUCCCCACUGGGGAGGGGGCUGGGUUGGGAGACAUCAACUUGUGAUUAAGGAAGCUGGCUGCUGCUGGCCCAGAGCUGGGGGGCUGGGGGUAAAUCCCGAGGCUUUGGUGCUCCCCCUCCCCCUGCCAGUUUUUCUCCUCCCAUCUUGAGAUUCCUGUUUACUGGGGAGAGAAUUGUAGGGUGAGGGGUUCAUUUCAAUUACUCUAAUAAAGGGGAGUUAAGGGGUCUGAGGGGUGAGGGUACCCUCCUCCCGCUUUCUUCACAGCUCCCCUCAGAGUGCACAAUAUGGGUUUGUUCUUGCAUCUUUCCCCCUGUACCCCCACCCACACCACCCCCUCCUUGGCCCCCCCCCUCCAGAUACUGAGCCUCUCCUCUCCCAGCCCUCACCCCCUACCUCUGCCCCUUCCCAGACUUGGAGCACCCCUUUCUGCUCCCUCCUCUGCCAUUCUCCUUUGGAUUUUGUAGAGGGCUGUGGGACUGACUGCCAGAUGUGAAAUCAGGCAUCAGCUGCUCCCUAGGCAAGGGCAGGAGACCAAUCUCCAGCCCAGACUCCACUCCCAUUUGGAGCCCUGGGCUGCACAUGUGGCCCCACCAGGCCUCCUGUCUGGCCUCGGGGCCCCUGGGCCUCCAGUGCUGGAUCUGUUCAGGGAGAAAGAGGGAAGAGUUUGGGUUGCUUCCCUGUCCCCGCCCCCUCUGUGGUGUUGUCUUUCCCACUCUUGUUCUUAUUUUUCUACCAAUUGCUAUUUUUCCGAACAAUCCUUGUAGAGAGUAUGUACCAUCCAAAGGCAGAAGGGCCUUGCUAUGGCUGGCUCUGGUUGGAGAUGGUACAGUUUUAUUGUACAGGUGCUAAACAACAACAACAAAAGAAGAAAAUAGAAAAAAAAAAAGAAAAAAAAGAAAAAGAAAAAAAAAAGCCAGUUUGAGGAUGGGACAAUCUGUUCUCUGGAGGCUCCUGACCCAUUCGGGAGCAUUGGUGGUUAUUUUCUUUGUAUUGUGUUUGUUCUUUGUUCCUGGGGGAAUUUCUGGGCCCCCUUUCUGUAGGACUGCUCCCCAGCCCCACCACCCUGCCCAGUUGGUUUUGAACAGUUGUUCUCCCUUUUUAAAAAACAAAAACAAAAAAACAAAACUAUAUAUAUAUAUAAAUAUAUAUAUAUAAAGUUGA